AUGUCACUAGACACCACCACACCCACACUUCUCGCAACACUCCUACAACAGGAACAAGACCUCCAGUUCUUGACUUUUGACUCAACACUAGCAUUAGACCUCGGCCUGCUCUUAAUAAAGAACGCGAUACAUCCUGUAGUAAUUUCAAUCACGUUAAACAAUCAGCUGUUAUUUCAUUAUGCUAUGCCAGGCACGGCACCAAUAGAUGCCGAAGCUGUGCGGCGAAAAGCAGAUGUUGUUGAGAAGUUUUGGCAUUCUUCGUAUUAUGUUGGGCAGUUACCAACACAAGCAGCACCAAUAGCAAUAUCGUCUUUGGAGGAGAGUCACUACACUGGUGGCGCGUUUCCGUUGAUAGUUAAGGGUAUUGGCGUGGUGGGGUCUAUUGUUGCGAGUCGAUUAACUGGAAAUAGCGAGGAUCAUGAAUUGGUGGUGUCUAGCUUAAAAGAAUUUUUGGGAAUGGAAAAGGAGGGAAAGAAUAAAGUCGAAUGA